AUGACGGCCGCCAGUAGUGUGACCGAUGUGGAGGCGACGCCACAGAAAGUGACCACGGGGGUCGCGGAGAAGGAUGAUGCCGCCAGCCAACAAGAGCAAGAAUACCCUAAUUUUGCCAAGGCGAUCGUCAUCAUCCUCGCCUUGUACCUUGCUGUCUUCCUGGUUGCGCUGGACCAGACCAUCAUCGGCACAGCCAUCCCACGCAUCACUGACCAGUUCAAGAGCAUCUCGGACAUUGCGUGGUAUGGCAGUGCGUACUUCUUGACAUCGACUGCCCUCCAGCCCUCGUAUGGACGGAUCUACAAGAUCUUCAACGUCAAAUGGGCUUUCUUGGUCGCCAUCACCCUCUUUGAAGUCGGCUCCUUGAUCUGCGGCGUAGCUCCCACCAGCACGGCCUUGAUCGUUGGGCGAGCCAUCGCGGGUAUCGGUGUCGCUGGUAUUUUCUCGGGAGCCUUAGUGAUCAUCUCAAUGACCGUCCCUCUUCCUAAGCGACCCUUGGUCUUUGGCAUGUUCGGUCUUGUCUGGGGUGUCAGUUCGAUUGCUGGCCCUCUGCUCGGAGGUGUCUUCACCGACAGUGUCUCAUGGAGAUGGUGCUUUUACAUCAACUUGCCCAUCGGUGGUCUGUCCAUCGGUGUCAUUGUUCUUUUCCUGCACUUACCUCCAAACAAUGAAUAUUCCGGCGUCCCCCUCUUGACACGUAUCAAGGAGUUGGAUCUCAUCGGUGCAAGCUUGCUGAUCCCCGCCAUCAUCUGUCUCCUGCUGGCUCUUCAGUGGGGCGGUAACCAGUACCCGUGA